UGCACACAACUUCAGAGGCGGCUUUUAGGACCCACUGAAGCCUGCCCUCUAGCAGUCCAUGGACUCCAAGGGAAGAAUGCAGACCAUCAAAUGUGUGGUUGUAGGAGAUGGGGCUGUGGGUAAGACCUGCCUCCUCAUCAGUUACACAACAAAAUCCUUUCCUGAAGAGUAUAUCCCCACUGUCUUUGACAACUAUAGCACCCAGACAUCUGUGGAUGGCCAGAUCGUCAGCCUGAACCUAUGGGACACGGCUGGUCAAGAAGAAUACGACCGACUGAGAACGCUCUCCUACCCCCUGACCAAUAUCUUCGUCAUUUGUUUUUCCAUCAGCAGCCCAUCCUCUUAUUACAAUGUGAGGCAUAAGUGGCACCCGGAGGUCUCCCGUCAUUGCCCCAAUGUUCCUGUUCUGCUGGUAGGCACCAAGAGGGACUUGCGGAGUGACCUUGAGACAGUGAAGAAGCUGAAAGAACAGAGCCUAGUGCCCACAACUCCUCAGCAAGGCACUUCCCUGGCCAAGCAGGUGGGGGCUGUGAAGUAUCUGGAAUGUUCUGCCCUGACGCAGGAUGGGGUACAGGAGGUGUUUUUGGAAGCUGUCCGGGCUGUGCUUUACCCUGCCACAAAGAAGAACACCAAGAAGUGUGUCCUCUUAUAG